AUGGCGGAUAUUGAAUGUAUGUACUACCAAGUCAUAGUCCCAGAAAAGGACAGAAAUGCUUUACGCUUCUUAUGGUGGGAGAAUGACUCACUCGUGCAUUAUCGUAUGCGCGUCCACCUGUUUGGAGGUAAGUGGGCAGGUAGUGCUAGUUGUUUUGCGCUUAGGCGCACUGUGCAGGAUCAUGACGUCACUGAUUUGGUGCGUGGGACGGUUCAGCGGAAUUUUUACAUUGACGACAUGUUGAAGUCUGUGAAGACAAAAGAAGAUGCCCUUGAGGUAAUUGUCGAUGUGAAAAGGGCUCUUCGUGAUGGGGGUUUCAAACUUACCAAAUUUGUAGUCAAUGAUUCUGAGCUGUUAGAUGUUAUUGCCCAUGAAGAUCGGGCAGUUGAGGUGAAAGAGCUGACUCAUGGGGUGCAUGCAAAAGCGUUGGGUAUGAUGUGGGAAGUUGAUUUGGAUGUUUUUCACNAUGGUGGGAGAAUGACUCACUCGUGCAUUAUCGUAUGCGCGUCCACCUGUUUGGAGUUCACCGUCAUCAGUUUGUGUCAAGACGUGUGUAAAUAA